AUGUCAUGGCACCCACCGUUGCUUGCGUCGAGGCCAGCGCGCGAGACAUGCGUCGACGCGGCGCACGCAACCCACCUCGGAGCGAAGAGGCGGCUUGGGCACGAGCACGUAGCGCACACGAUUGGCUGGCCUCUCUGCCGCCAUUCGCUUGAGCUCGGGUGCGGGCUUGCGCUUUGCCUGCGCUGCGUCGACAAUUCACAUGGUCGAGCUUCUCUGGGGUGCUGGUUUUCUGCGUCCGGGACAGUGACUUCACCUCUACGCACCGAUCCCUCUACUGGGCUUUCUGGGUGCUGGGUGCUUGGUUGUUGCAUCAGCUCGGACAUGUGUGUGGGUGUUUUUUCCAAGGCUAUACUGGGUCUUGGGAUCAACUCGUAUCGUCGCAGGCGCAUUAGCAUGCCACGCGGCGGACCCUACGUGGGAGACAGACGCGCGGAUGCGUGCCUCUAUUCGUCGUUGCAGGGACGACCAGUGCAGGCGCCGGGUGCCCAGCACGAGCACGGGAUGUUUGUUGUGGGUCUCCUGAGCUCGCCGCAUCGUUCCUUUCACCCUGUAACUUCUCGACAGGCGUCACUGCUAGACAGCUGCAGAGGCUCGCAGAAGAACCACGUCGAUUUCUGUCGUGCCAUCACCGAACCACCGUUUAUCGCCAAGAAACUCCUUGAACACGUCCGAUGCUUGAACUUCCAUGACUGGAUGCCGCGUUCUGAAGAGUCGGCGUGGGUGAAUCAAGCCAUCUUGAAGAAGUACGCGACGGUAAUCGGCGACUUUAUUCGAGUGCAGUCUCUCCAGCUUGACCGAGUCACCAUCAGCAAGGCGUUCUUCCGCGAGGUCGUCAAUAUGUUUGGCUUGCGCGACGUGGUCAUCGUGAAUUGUACCUUCGAGGCCUACGGUUUGGAGAAAGAUGCGCUAUUCAGGAAGAAACACAUCGUGCCCUGGACGAGCAUUGUCUUUGACACUCAACCUCCCACCCAGCGCCCUCCCAAACCUGUACCAAAUUCAGUGCCCCUCGUAUUACCUCGGAGAAUUCGUGACUGGCCGUCCCGUCAGACCUUGAAAGAUUACCUGAUGCACGACAACGAGCUCGUGCAUCACACGGAUGUUAGCGCCAAAAGAGCCUUAUUCGCUCUUCACUACCUCAUACAAUCUCGUCCUCGAGCGACACCUGAUCCGCAACUUCUUUGCCGAGGCGUUUCCAAACGCUAUGAUCAUCUCGCUCCGCAUGCAAAUCAAGUGGCGCAGGAUCGGUCACUCAUGGAUGCCUAUUGUCGUACUGCCCAAGUUCGUGAAGCAGAGCCUAUGAGAGAUUAUGCUGGGUGUUUCGAGGGCCUGUUUGAGAAGGUAGAAAUUACGCUUGACCUCCGAAUUCUCCUAGGUCUUUCAAUAGUGCUUGAGGAUGGUCUUGAGGAGCACAUAAACAUUGUCUAG